ACUUUUGCCUCCUUUAGGAAUUUUCUAUCCUGAAACCUAGUUCCUUCAAUCGCUAGUGCCGCCGUUUGAGUCUUUGUGUAGCUUCGAAAUUUCUCUCAACGAUCCAACAAUUCAACUGCACUGCAUUUGUGAAUUCAUAUCGCUAAAAUGGCUGCCAACAUGUCACCGGCUGGUCUAGAUAAAGAGCAGAUAUUUGGAAUAGCUGAAAAGGAGAUGGAAUAUAGGGUCGAACUAUUCAACAAUAUCACCCACACCUGUUUCAAUAAAUGCGUUGACAAUAGGUACAAGGAAUCUGAGCUAAAUAUGGGUGAAAAUGGUUGCAUUGACCGCUGCGUUUCAAAAUACUGGCAGGUGACUAAUCUAAUUGGUCAGCUGCUUGGUUCUGGUAAGCCUCCGAUGUAAUGCAAAAGUACGGUUAUCUUUCCAGUUAGCUACAUCUACCAUAGUAAUAGUUGCUUCCAAGGAAGCGUUAAUUUAAUACCUUGUAAGAUCUUUAUUUUUGUUCAUGACUAUUCUGAGGUCAAUUUUGUCAAGAGAUGAAUUGAUGAUUAGAGCUUUUGAGGUUGUUAAUGGUGAACAAUAAAAGUAAUUUUAGUCAA